AUGAGCCAUAAUUCACAUCUCAAACUCACAAUUCACACACACAAAAAAAAAAACAAAAGAACUUUUAAGUCUUCCAUCAUGACUUCCUCUAAAGCAUUUCUAUACUUAGUCUUCUUCUCUUCUUUUCAUUUCUUCACUGUUUUUUCAACUCAAUUUACUGUUGGUGGUGAGAAAGGAUGGAUCAUCCCUAAAGAUGAUCAACUAUACAAUGAAUGGGCUGCCAAAAAUAGGUUCAAGGUUAACGACACUUUAACGUUUGCGUACAAAAAGGACUCGGUGUUGGCUGUAACGCAAGAGGAGUACGAGAAGUGCAAAUCGGUGCACCCGAUUUAUUUUUCAAACAAUGGAAAAUCCGAAUUCAAAUUGGAUCGACCCGGCCUGUUUUAUUUCAUUAGUGGAGUAUCGGGUCAUUGUGAAAGGGGCCUAAAAAUGAUUGUUAAAGUAUUGGAACCAGCAAGCCCACCUAAUCAAGUUGCAGAUCAUACUACUGGGCCUUCUACUAGUGGUGCAGCCCAAUUGAUUAAUGUGGUUGGGGUUUUGGUGGUUUCAUUAUUUGGAGCUAUUUUUAUUUAGUUUAUUAUAAAUUCUGAAAAAAAUAUAUUUGUUUUGGUGUUUAGGGUUUAUGUUUAGGUAGUGUUAUGAUAGGUUGGGGGGAGGUGGGGGUGGGGUAGCUAGGUUUUUUGAAAUUAUUAUGAUUAAUUGUUUGGAUCUUACUUGUUAUUUUUGUUUUUGAAAUAAUUCGUUUUUUAUGUAAUUUUAGUCUUUCUCUAGUUUAUAUGUGUGGGAGUUACUAUGCAAUUAAAAGAAUAUUUGUAUGGUUAUGUCUGAUUAU